GCCGAGGCCACCUCGGGUUCGCGUUCGACGGGUGACCACCGCGCCCGGCCCUCUGGGGCCCCUCUGGCCAAACUAGUGCCCGACGCCGGAGUGGCGGCGGCGCUCACCAUGCCGGGUUUGGGCUGAGCCUUUUCGUUUGCAUCACUUUGCGUGGUGCCCGUCUCAGAGGGGCUAUUUCACAAAGCAUCAACUUUUCUUGAUGGACCCAGUCAUCAAAUGAAAUAUGCCUGUACUACAGUUGGAAGCUUUGUACUUCAAAGGAAAGCUCACUCCACAAGAUGAAAAUGAUGUGUGAGAAGGUGAUUUAAGGUGUGAAUAUUAAAGUAUCCCAUCAAGUCAGUGAACUCAAGGAUAAGUACUCAAUAGAUGAUUCCAAACCAUACUGUUUGAAGCCAGGAGGAUUUCAUCUUGACAGAAAAUCAACUUUUUUUUUGUAUUGUACUUUGUGAAAUGAAAAGAGAGCAAUAAGAAUGGACUUGAAAUAGGUAAAGAUGUUUAGUAAAUAAGCAACGUCAACUCUGUUCUCAUGAAGAUAACUUAGUGAUGUAAAAUCCUUUACAAAUCCUUGGUUGUGGUCCUAAAGGCAAGACUCUUUUUUGAUGGGACUGCUAUGAAGAGAAGUAGGACCUUUUGUGCAUCAAACUCACAAAGAUAGAACUUGUAAUCAUAGGCAUGAGUGGUUUAAAAGAGGAAGUAAAGAAUCUUUCAACUAAAUUCAAAAGUGCAGUCAUUUUUUUUACUGCUGUUAUUUUAAUAACCUCUUCAUAACCAGUUAAAAAGAAUUGACAAGUAUUUUAAACGAUUAAAGAAAGGCAGAUGUCUGCAAAUAAUUCCCCUCCAUCAGCGCAGAAGUCUGUAUUACCUGCACCUAUUCCUGCUGUGCUUCCAGCUCCUUCUCCAUGUUCAAGCCCUAAGACGGGACUGUCUGCCCGACUCUCCAAUGGAAGCUUCAGUGCACCAUCGCUCACCAACUCCAGAGGCUCAGUGCACACAGUUUCGUUUCUAUUGCAGAUUGGCCUUACACGAGAGAAUGUUACCAUUGAAGCCCAGGAGCUGUCUUUAUCUGCUGUCAAGGAUCUUGUAUGCUCCAUCGUUUAUCAAAAGUUUCCAGAAUGUGGAUUCUUUGGCAUGUAUGAUAAAAUUCUUCUCUUUCGCCAUGACAUGAACUCAGAAAAUAUUUUGCAGCUGAUUACCUCAGCAGAUGAAAUACAUGAAGGAGACCUAGUAGAAGUUGUUCUUUCAGCUUUGGCCACAGUAGAAGACUUCCAGAUUCGUCCACAUACCCUCUAUGUACAUUCUUACAAAGCUCCUACUUUUUGUGAUUAUUGUGGUGAAAUGCUCUGGGGAUUGGUACGUCAGGGACUGAAAUGUGAAGGCUGUGGAUUAAAUUAUCAUAAACGAUGUGCCUUCAAGAUUCCAAAUAACUGCAGUGGAGUGAGAAAAAGACGUCUGUCCAAUGUAUCUCUACCAGGACCUGGCCUCUCGGUUCCAAGACCCCUACAAUCUGAAUGUGUACCACUUCUUAGUGAAGAGUCACAUCUUCACCAAGAACCAAGUAAGAGAAUUCCUUCUUGGAGUGGUCGCCCAAUCUGGAUGGAGAAGAUGGUGAUGUGCAGAGUGAAAGUGCCACACACAUUUGCUGUCCACUCUUACGGCCGCCCCACAAUAUGUCAGUACUGCAAGCGCUUACUCAAAGGCCUCUUUCGCCAAGGAAUGCAGUGUAAAGAUUGCAAAUUUAACUGCCAUAAACGCUGUGCAUCAAAAGUACCAAGAGACUGCUUUGGAGAAGUUACUUUCAAUGGAGAACCUUCUAGUUUGGGAACAGAUACAGAUAUACCAAUGGACAUUGACAAUAAUGACAUGAAUAAUGAUGGUAAUCGGGGCCUGGAUGACACAGAAGAACCAUCUCCCCCAGAAGAUAAAAUGUUCUUCCUGGAUCCAUCUGAUCUUGAUGUGGAAAGAGAUGAAGAAGCUGUUAAAACAAUCAGUCCAUCAACAAGCAAUAACAUUCCUCUAAUGAGAGUUGUACAGUCCAUCAAGCACACAAAGAGGAAGAGCAGCACAAUGGUGAAGGAAGGAUGGAUGGUCCAUUACACCAGCAAGGAUAACCUGAGAAAGAGGCAUUACUGGAGACUUGACAGCAAAUGUCUGACAUUAUUUCAGAAUGAAUCUGGAUCAAAGUAUUACAAGGAAAUUCCACUUUCAGAAAUUCUCCGUGUAUCUUCUCCACAAGAUUUCACAAACAUUUCACAAGGCAGCAAUCCACACUGUUUUGAAAUCAUCACUGAUACUAUGGUAUACUUUGUUGGUGAGAAUAACGGGGACAGCUCUCACAAUCCCAUUCUUGCUGCCACUGGAGUUGGGCUUGAUGUAGCACAGAGCUGGGAAAAAGCAAUUCGCCAGGCCCUCAUGCCUGUUACGCCUCAAGCAAGUGUUUGCACUUCUCCAGGGCAAGGGAAUGAUCACAAAGAUUUGUCUACCAGUAUCUCUGUAUCGAACUGUCAGAUCCAGGAGAAUGUGGACAUCAGUACUGUGUACCAGAUCUUCGCAGAUGAGGUGCUUGGUUCAGGCCAGUUUGGCAUUGUUUAUGGAGGAAAACAUAGAAAGACUGGAAGAGAUGUGGCAAUUAAAGUAAUUGAUAAGAUGAGAUUCCCCACAAAACAGGAAAGUCAACUGCGGAAUGAAGUGGCUAUUUUACAGAAUUUACACCAUCCUGGGAUUGUAAACCUGGAAUGUAUGUUUGAAACCCCAGAACGAGUCUUUGUGGUAAUGGAGAAGCUGCAUGGAGAUAUGCUGGAAAUGAUUCUAUCCAGUGAGAAAAGUCGGCUUCCAGAACGAAUCACUAAAUUCAUGGUCACACAGAUACUUGUUGCUUUGAGGAAUCUACAUUUUAAGAAUAUUGUGCACUGUGAUUUAAAGCCAGAAAAUGUGCUGCUUGCAUCUGCAGAGCCGUUUCCUCAGGUGAAGCUAUGUGACUUUGGAUUUGCCCGCAUCAUUGGUGAAAAGUCAUUUAGGAGAUCCGUGGUGGGAACGCCAGCGUACCUAGCCCCUGAAGUUCUCAGGAGCAAGGGCUAUAACCGUUCCCUAGAUAUGUGGUCAGUGGGAGUUAUCGUCUAUGUGAGCCUCAGUGGAACAUUUCCUUUCAAUGAGGAUGAAGACAUAAAUGACCAAAUCCAAAAUGCUGCGUUUAUGUACCCGCCAAAUCCAUGGAAAGAAAUUUCUAGUGAAGCAAUCGAUUUGAUAAACAACCUGCUUCAAGUAAAGAUGAGAAAACGUUACAGUGUUGACAAAUCUCUUAGUCAUCCUUGGCUACAGGACUAUCAGACUUGGCUUGACCUUAGAGAAUUUGAAACACGCAUUGGCGAGCGUUAUAUCACACAUGAAAGUGAUGAUGCUCGCUGGGAAAUACAUGCAUACACUCACAACCUUGUAUACCCCAAGCACUUCAUUAUGGCUCCCAAUCCAGAUGAUAUGGAAGAAGAUCCCUAACUACCAGUGAGCCAACUUCAGUAAAGCAACAUUUCAUUUUAUGGACUAAUACAUUGCUUCCUAACUGUUGUUCUUUGUAGGCUGUCAAUGUGCAAGAAUGCAAAGACAUGCAGACACAGGAUAAGGAACUGGUGACAACAGGGCUUUAGUUCAUAAUGAAGAGGUACAGGAGGGGAACUAAGUAAUAAAAACAUAUAAUGGAAUUAAGAUGAAGCUUUUUAUAAACUUUUGUAGCAUAAGCAAUAACUGGUUUUGUAUUUUUUUCUAAUUCUUCACUUUAAUAUAAUAAUGCCACUUAAUUUAUCUUCCCUUUCCUGUCAUUUUUUUUUUAAUAAAGGCAAGCUGGCAUCCAGUUAUUACAUAGUUUGACCAAAUCACAGAGUUGUAAGGUUUAUUAUAACUAAGCAGGUUUGUAAUUAAGCAAUAACUGUGAGGCUACCAAUUGUGAUUGACUAUAAGGACUCAUUGUGUAACCAACUUUAGAGAAAAUGAAGGUUUUUCCUGGCUACCUAGUAAGAAAGUGCUGGAUUAUUCUGCCUUUUUUUUCUUUAGGUCAAUCAAAACCCUGAAACAGUGAUUCCUAACCUUUUUGGAGCUGCAACUCUGAAAUGCUCUCUGUGGAGUAAGAUUGUUACCUUUUGUGAGUGUGUUGCAGUACCCACCAUGGUAAUCUGGGACAAGUGAUAGUACAGAACCUGGAGGAGGAACUAACUGCUGGUCCGAAUGCUGAGUUUUAAUGUGUCUCUUUUGAUGGCUCAACUCUGCUGCUAACACUCAUAUUGUCAACUGAUAGUGUCAGGAUGCCACAACUGCUUUCCAACAUUUAGUGGGUACAGGUCUACACAUGAAUUACACAAUUCAUCUUUACCCGGUAUUAAACAAUUUGAGAGAAAAAAUUAAAUACGUACUAAAAGGAAGGCUUGUACAGGGUCAAUUAAUGUUAUGGUUACUGUAUAGCAAAUUGUAUCUUUUUUUCUUCCCUUAGCCUACUGGAGGGCUUUCCAGAUAUCUGGAAUGUUUCAAUUAUUUUAAGCAGUUGGGGGAAUGAGUAGGGAUGAAUAUGAAACAGGCUCCAAGGGUAGGGGCUAUUUAUGAAUAUUACGAGUAUAGCAAGUAAGUGUUGCAUCUUACAUCUCAGCUCCAAUAGCCAGCUAUUUUAAACAGUUAGUACCAAUAUAGUUUGAGGAUUCCUCUGAAGUGCUUGGGACCAGAAGUGGUUCAGAUUUUGGAGUUUAUAUAAUUGUGGAAUAUUUCCAGACUACCAUUUGAGCAUCCCUGAUGUGAAAAUCCAAACUCCCUAACAUCUUAAGGGCCAUGGCACUUUCAGAUUUUCAGAUUAGGGAUUCUCAAACUGCAUUUUCCCCCAAGGAAAAUUUAAGAUCUAGGACUGUCCACUUGUAAGAAAACUAGGGCUUUUUGUUUCUUUAUUCCUCAAUAAUCAUUAUAAACCCUUUUUCUUCCUUCCCCAACCUCAAAGAGCAGAAAUUCAGAAUCAAAAUCUGAGUUGAAGUCUUGGCUGCAUUUGUAUCAGCUACACUGGCCUGGGCAGAUGACAGUCUGAGUCUCUAGUUUUCAGGCUGUAAAAUGAAGAUCUUAAUUCUACCAUUUCUUUCAGUGUAGUCAUGAAAGUCAGAUCUUCAUUUCACAGCAGUCACGUGGGAAUUACAUUAUGAACCUUAUCCUAAAGAUAAGGAAAUGGAGAUAUAGUUUGGAUAUGGAUUUGAACCCAGGCAGGAUGGCGUCCAGGUCUCUCUACUCUCCUCAUCAUUCUGCUGUACUGUCUACCCGUAAACAUUUCCAAGAGACGCUCUACAUAUCUAGGUAACUUGUUCUCAUAGAGAAGAUUAACCAAAUUAAUUUUGAAAAAAAAAAAAAUGGAAAUGUAUUCCUCCUUUGUUAGAGAAGACUUCCCCACGUUUCUGCAAUGUAAGUUUAUGUCAGUGUGCCCAAAUGAAGUAAUUCUGAGUUACUAGGCAACCUACUGUGGUCUUACUGCAUAAGGAAAAAACUAACUGGAAUGAUGUUCAUUUGCUAUACUUAUGUAAUCAAACUCUAAAGCCAUGAAGUUAAAUUGCACUCUUUUUUAUUUUUAUUAUUGUUGAAUACCUAAGAAGUUUUCUAAAAAAUUUUGUAAAGGCACUGUCAAUUUGGAGUUGAAUAAUGACUCUAGAUGCUGUAUAACCUGCAUAACCUUUUGUCUUGAAGUCAAAUUGUGUUUGUAUAAGAAAUAAUUGUUUGCUAGAAACAUUUGAUAAUGUACAAAGUAGUCUAAAGUGACACUGUCCAGUACAUUUAUAUUUUUUUGUUACACCCCACUUUUUGUAAAUAUCCUCAAAGAAGCUUGAUAAUAAAAUGUAUUUCUGUAUCACCAUA